AUGGACACUUUCAAAAAGAAUAAUCUUAAUAUGCUCGACUUACUCGAUGAAAUAUUACUGAUCAUUUUCAAUAAACUGAAUACAAUCGACACGCUCUAUUCGCUUGUAGACGUUAAUGAACGAUUUAAUCGAUUAGUAUUUAAUGCACUUCAUAUUCACAAUCUUGAUACGACCAACAUGGUCAUAAGAUCAUAUUAUGAUCGUAGAUUUUCAAUAGACGAUAAUAUUCUUUCAAAAAUAUGCGAAAAAAUCUUACCUCGAAUUUAUCAUCAAUUAAAUGAACUUAUCGUUGAACAAAAUUCAGUGAAACAUAUUUUUCGUACUGGUAAUUAUCCUCAACUCGACUCGUUGUCACUUAUUGAUUUUCAAAAAGAAAUACUUUUUCAAUAUUUAACAGGUAAUCGAAUUCUUCAUCAUCUUCUCACUCAACAAAUUCAACAUCUUAAUAUUGACGUUUCGUACGAUCCAAAUUCAAAAGGAUCUAAAAUUCUAUCAAGUAUAUUUGCAUUGAUUUUAUUUAAAUGUCAACGAUUGAUCAAUUUGAAUAUUUGUCAAUUGUUUUAUGAUCGGAAGGCUCCCAUUCGUAUUUCUAAGUUCCCAUCAACAAGUUGCACAUAUUCGACGUUAAUUAAAUUAAAAGUUAAUGUUAUAACUUUUGAUGAUUGUCUUUAUCUUCUUGAUGGACGUCUCGAACACUUAUCAACAUUGAUUAUUGACGUGAAAAAAAUAUCAUUCAAUUUCUCAGAUAAAAAUAAGGUAAAUAUAUUUUCAACAAUUCUUGUAUUUUGGCGAGAAACAUAUUCUUAA